AUGCCGGUGCUGCUCGACGCACUGGGCAUCUUGUACACUGCCCGCGAUGAAGAGUGGCCAAACCGCAGUCUGGAGAUUGGAGAGACUAUAUGCGACAUUAUCCAAGGCUAUCACCCCGGCGAGGAAGUGUACGGCCUAGGGGCUAUCAUAGUAGUCGACAAGGAGACAACAAUGCGCAUGAACAUCGUGGCAAGCACUCGGCGUCGUUGCCAAUACUCGCGUUGGCUACCGAAGCUGGAUGCUCCCUAUGCCAACCGACAAGUCUUGGAGGCUUACGUCUUUGGUCCCCUGAGCAAGCAGCAUCGCGCGACCUUGUCUCUUCUGGCGGACACGAAUAGUACUCGUCCUGCCUGGUGUUUUAUUUGUGGCAUAGAGUCGACUUCCAACGACUGGUGUCGGACGUGCUUCCUCGGGCGCUGUGAGAAUGAGGUCUGUGAAGAGUCUUUCAAACAACAUACUUGUCUUUGA